AUUGAUACAAACAACAACGAUGAAACAAAAUAAUGAUAAUAAUAACAAACAAUUUAUGGAUCAAUUUGAUAAUUUGGAUCAAAAACGUUUACGUUUAGCAUCAUUACUAUUUCGAAUUAUUGGCGAUCAAUUUCUUUCAUUAUCAUCACCGUUGACUAUUUUAACCGAACAUCAGACCGAUCUGGAUUCGAAUAUAUUACGUACAUAUCAAUAUCAAUGCAUAGCAGAAGAACGUGAAAUUGAAUUAUUCAAAUGGAUUCGUUCACAAAUUAAUGGACCAGUAUGGAAAUGGCCAAAAAUUGUGGAAAUAUCCGGUGAAGCUGAAACGGCAUUUCAUACUGCUUAUUCAUAUUUACGAAUGGAAUAUCGGACAACACCAGAAUUGAUACCAUUAUGGCGUUGUUAUCUUCAAGCAAAACGUAAUCUUUAUCGUACAAUACGUCUAAUACAUUUAGAUAUAAUCAAUAAAAACAAUUUGAAUAAUCAACAUAUUCAUUAUUGGUUUGAUGAAACGAAACGAUUAUUUGAAUCAUAUAAUCAAUUGACAUCCGUUACACGUGGUUAUCAAUAUCGUCAUUUAGAUCGUAUGGAAAUAUUUGAUUGGAUUGAACAAAUAUUACCGGUGAAACAGUCAAAUGAUUCAUGGCAUAAUAAUAAUAACCGUAAUUAUGAUGAUGAUAAUGAAUAUGAGCCAAUAAUAAUACGAUUGGAUGUUUUACAACCAAAAAUCAAAGUGGAUAAAAUCGUCGCCAAACUAUUUCGACGUGAUGAAUUAUGGACACGAAAAGUAUAUGAUGCUUUUGGUACAAUGGACAAUGAAAAUAGUGGCCAUAAUCGUCGUUUGAAUAUUAUUGAACAAAUGUUAAAUUGGCGAAAACCGAAUAAUUCAUUACGGAUACGAUCACAACCAUUACCAUUGGUAAUUUCUAAAAAUAAAUUUGAUAAUUUCAUCAUUAAAAAAUCAUUGAAAAGUAAAUCGGCAGAAGAAUCAACCAAAGCAACGAAUAAUAAAUCUAAAAAUAAUGGACAGAAUUCCAACGAAUGUUCAUCGAAUUUUGUCAUCAAUGAUCGUCAUGAUUAUUCGAAACCAUCACAACGUUUCAUUCGAACAUAUAGACCAAUAAUAUCAUGGCCAUUGGAAAAUGAAAGCUACACAGCAUCAAGUAAUAAUAGUUCAGGUUAUGAAUCAACAUCAUCAAAUUUUGAUCUAAGUGGUAGAUCAUCAUCAUCAUCAUCAUUUUAUAAUGAUGAUAAUCUUCGUACAUUGAUCGAUACAAGAAAACAAUCAUUAUUAUUACGAAAAACAAGAAACAGUCAACUAAUCGAUCUAUCGAUAGUGAUGAACAAUAAUAAUAAUAUGAAUUCAAAUUCGAAUGAUUUCCAUCGAAACAAUGAUUGUCCACUUUUAACGAAUCGUUUAUUUCCAAUUUCAAUUGAUGGUGAAAAUUGUUGUUGCUGAUGAUGAUGAAUUACAAAAGAAUUAUAGUAUUAAUUCAUCAUCAACAAUGAUCCGGAUGAAACCAUCGAUACAACCAAAACCUAAACAAAAAUCAAGAAUAAUCUAAUAGUGUUUUUUGUUUGUAUUUUUUUUUGUUUUGUUUCGAAUGUGUGAAUGUCUAUUUUGUCAAAUGUCAAAAUUUUAUUUUUUUUUCAUUGAAAUUAUAUUGAAUAAAAAUCAUCACUAUUCUUUCAGCUUAC